AUGGACCCAUGGAAAGACCUAACCGGGAAAGUAGUGAUGGUGACCGGAGCAUCAUCGGGAAUCGGGCUAGAGUUCUGUAUCGAUUUAGCCAAAGCCGGUUGCAGAAUCAUCGCUGCUGCUCGUCGUGUUGACAAGCUGAAAUCUCUCUGCGACCAAAUUAACAGUAAUUCAGAGGGAACCCCUCGUGCGAUCGCCAUCGAACUUGACGUUGCUGCUGAUAGUGCUACAAUUGAAUCCGCUGUAAAAAUAGCUUGGGAUGCCUUUGGACGUAUCGAUGCCUUGGUUAACAAUGCAGGCGUAAGAGGGAGCGUGAGCUCUUCAGUGGAAUUGGCAGAGGAGGAAUGGAACAACACAUAUAACACGAAUCUACGAGGGGCAUGGAUGGUUUCGAAAUAUGUAUGUAAGCAUAUGAUCGAUGCCAAACAGGGCGGAGGAUCUGUUAUUAACAUCACUUCGAUGGCUGGUUUAAAUCGUAUAGCAGUACCAGGAACUACUGCUUACGCUACUUCAAAGAUGGCUCUAGACAUGGUUACUAAGAUAAUGGCGAUUGAAUUGGGUGGAGAGAAUAUCAGGUUGAACUCGAUAUCGCCAGGAGUUUUCAAAUCAGAGAUAACAGAGAGCCUAGUUGAACAGAAAUGGUUUCAUAAGUUUCUUUAUAAAACACUUCCUACUAGAUAUCUUGGAACGACAGAUCCAGGUUUAACCUCUCUCAUUCGAUACUUAAUUCAUGAUUCUUCUGAGUAUGUAACGGGUAAUGUUUUCAUCGUCGAUGGUGGAGCUAGCUUACCAGGCGUCCCCAUUUUCUCAUCACUCUAGCUCAAAUGGACAUGUAAGAGAAAAUAAUACAAUACUUGUGUUAUGUUACUAGUAUGUUCUACUUUCAAUUAUCGAAGCAAGUGAAGAAUGUAUUGUAAUACUUGGUGUGAUUUAGUAUGUUUUUUACCUUCCACUAGAGUGUUUGCGAUUU